UUUUAACUCUGUUAAUUAUUCUCUUCUUAAAGAUGGCGUUUAUUAAAGAGGAGACUGAAGACAUAAAGAUUGAGUUUAUUAAAGAGGAGACUGAAGACAUGAAGAUUGAGUUUAAUAAAGAGGAGAGUGAAGACAUGAAGAUUGAAGAAACAUUCAGAGUGAAACAUGAAGAUACUGAGGAACAAACAGACCUAAUGACACUGAAAGAGGCGAGUCAUGAAUUUUAUGAAAGGGAAGAAGAGAAAAAACAUUACGAUGAACAUCAUGAUUUCAUGAUUGGAGAAAGAUUGACGCAGGCUAAAAAGUCUUCCUCACAAAAAAGAGCUCAAAAGACAAGAACUAAAAGUUAUUUCACCUGUCAACAGUGUGGAAAGAGUUUCACAUUUAAAGGAAACCUUAAAGUCCACAUGAGAAUUCAUACUGGAGAAAAGUCUCACACCUGCAAACAAUGUGGAAAGAGUUUCAGUCAAAAAGGAAGCCUUAAAGUCCACAUGAGAAUUCACACUGGAGAAAAGCCUUACACCUGUCAAGAGUGUGGACAGAGUUUCACUGUAAAAGGAAAUCUUGUAGUCCACAUGAGAAAUCACACUGGAGAGAGUCCAUUCGCCUGUAAACAGUGUGGAAAGAGUUUCAGUGGAAAAGGAAACCUUGAAAUCCACAUGAGAAUUCACAAUGGAGAGAAACCUUUUACCUGCCAGCAAUGUGGACAGAGUUUCACACAUAAAGGAAACCUUAAAGUCCACAUGAGAAUUCACACUGGAGAAAAGCCUUACACCUGCACUCUGUGCGGGAAUGGCUUCACACGGGAACGAAACCUUAGGAAACACAUGAAUAUUCACACUGAAGAGAAGUCAUUUACAUGUGAUCAGUAUGGAAAGAGUUUCAUAUUUAAAGGUGACCUUAAGGGCCACAUGAGGAUUCACUCGAAAGAGAACGGUUUUGGAAGUCGUCACUGUGGAAAGAGCAGAGGUGUAAAGAGUAUCUGAAAACCAUACUUGAGUAAAAGUACAGAUACCUGACAGCAAAAAUUACUCCAUUACAACUUGAGUAAAAAUCUUGGAGUAUCUGAUUUUUAACAUUACUUAAGUAUUUUACUCAUAGGCUCAGAGAUGCACUAGUCCUCGACACCUGAGAGAAAUGCCAGUAAAAAUAAACAAUUGAUUUGA